AUGUACAACCUCUGGCCACAUCACCUGCUGCUCGUCUCCUCUCUCAAUCUGGUCAUCUGCAACAUUGUCGGUUGGUCGCGUUCAACCGAACGCCUCCCUCUCGCCUCAUCCUCGUCUCUUCCUCAAACGCCGGCCGACUGUAGACACUUGCAUGUGCCUUUCUGGGAGGAUACCGCGUCCGGGCGCAUCCACAUUCAGCGCGCCAGAGCCAACCAACCGACGCGCAGACGGCGGCCAUGUUGCCCCGCCGAGAGACAAACAGCUCCACCCGCCCGCCCGCCCGCCCGACGGACCGGCGCGUUUAGGUCAGGCAUGCGGAAAAAGAAAAAGAGGACACAAAGCCGCAGUCGCGAUGAACCCCACCGUUUAUGUAUGUAUCCAGGCGAUGAUUGA